UGCCCACUGCGCGUGCGCGUCGGCUGGGCUCCUCCUGCGCCCCCGGCCCCUGCGACUGGGACUUGGUACAGCCGGGCGGUUGGCGUCCUCCGCGGCUCCAGCCAGGGGCGGGCUUUUCAAAUCUUCCUUUGACAGAGUGGCGACGGCCCGGACAGUUCGCGCUGGAGAUGGAGGGGUCGAGUCUGAGGGGUCCUGCGCUCGGCCUGGCGGGGCUUCCCACCCAGCAGGACUGCAGCAUUCAAGAAAAAAUAGACUUAGAAAUUCGAAUGCGAGAAGGAAUAUGGAAACUCCUUUCUCUGAGCACUCAGAAAGAUCAGGUUUUACAUGCAGUUAAGAAUCUCAUGGUGUGCAAUGCUCGAAUAAUGGCCUAUACAUCGGAGCUACAGAAAUUGGAAGAACAGAUUGCAAAUCAGACUGGAAGAUGUGAUGUGAAAUUUGAAAGUAAAGAACGAACAGCGUGUAAAGGAAAGAUUGCCAUAUCAGAUAUUCGAAUACCACUAAUGUGGAAAGACACUGAUCACUUCAGCAAUAAAGAACGAUCGCAAUGCUAUGCCAUUUUUUGUUUAUUCAAAAUGGGAGCUAAUGUGUUUGAUACUGAAGUGGUGAAUGUAGAUAAAACAAUCACAGAUAUAUGUUUUGAAAAUGUAACCAUAUUUAAUGAAGCAGGGCCAGACUUUCAGAUAAAGGUGGAAGUAUAUAGUUGCUGUACAGAAGAAUAUUCUAUAACCAACACACCAAAAAAGCUAGCUAAGAAACUCAAGACAUCUAUAAGUAAAGCUACAGGAAAGAAAAUAAGUUUAGUGCUUCAAGAAGAGGAUCAUGAAACGUGCUUGCUCCUCAGCCCGGCUGUUUUUGGUGUAAAGUAUAAUUUGCUAGCUCACACUACCCUAACCUUGGAAAGUGCUGAGGAUAGUUUCAAGACCCAUAAUCUGUCUAUUAAUGGAAAUGAGGAGUCUUCAUUUUGGCUUCCCCUAUAUGGCAACAUGUGCUGCCGACUAGUUGCCCAGCCAGCUUGUAUGGCUGAGGAUGCAUUUGCAGGAUUUCUUAAUCAGCAGCAAAUGGUAAAAGGUCUGAUUAGUUGGAGAAGGCUGUAUUGUGUUUUGCGAGGAGGUAAACUCUAUUGUUUUUACAGUCCAGAGGAAAUUGAAGCUAAAGCGGAACCAGCUUUGGUAGUACCCAUUAACAAGGAAACCAGGAUCCGGGCAAUGGAUAAGGAUGCCAGGAAAAGAACCCAUAAUUUCUCUGUCAUCAAUCCUGUUCCUGGACAAGCUUUAACUCAGAUUUUUGCAGUUGACAAUAGAGAAGAUCUUCAGCAGUGGAUGGAAGCCUUCUGGCAGCAUUUCUUUGAUCUUAGCCAAUGGAAGCAUUGUUGUGAAGAACUUAUGAAAAUUGAGAUUAUGUCACCACGGAAACCACCUUUGUUCUUGACAAAAGAGGCAACCUCAGUCUACCAUGAUAUAAGCAUUGAUUCACCUAUGAAACUUGAAAGUUUAACGGAUAUAAUACAAAAAAAAAUUGAAGAGACAAAUGGGCAGUUCCUUAUUGGUCAGCAUGAAGAAUCCUUACCACCUCCUUGGGCUACACUCUUUGAUGGUAACCAUCAAAUGAUCAUCCAGAAAAAGGUACUGUCUCCUGCAAGUGAGCCAUUACAUGAUGAAAAAGGGAAAAAGAGACGAGCCCCGCUUCCUCCUCCUGAUAAACUUCCAUUCAGCUUAAAAUCACAGAGUAACACAGAUCAAUUGGUUAAGGACAACUGGGGAAAAACAAGUAUAUCUCAUACAUCGUCUUUGGAUACCAAACUAUCAACCCUAAUGCAUCACUUACAGAAACCAAUGGCUGCUCCUCGAAAACUUCUCCCUGCCAGGAAAAAUAGAUUAAGUGAUGGUGAGCACACAGACACUAAAACCAAUUUUGAAGCCAAGCCAGUGCCAGCUCCAAGGCAGAAAUCCAUCAAAGACAUUCUGGACCCUAGAUCAUGGCUGCAGGCACAAGUUUAGAAAACUCUUAAUGAUAAAAUAUUUAACAAAAUCUAUAACUGUGAGACUUAAUUCAGAGGCAUUAUAGAGUAAUGUAAUUAUAUAGGUAAAUAUGAUAGUGAUUUAUACCAAUAAUUAAUAAGCUAUUAGGUAUAGAAAAACAUUUUAUAAUGAAGAAAUGGAUUUCUCUUUUACUCCUGAUUUUCAGAAUGUGAGUGAUUUUUCCAGCAGUGUGCAAGAGGCAGUUUCUAGACAAUAUCCUAAUUGUUGGAAGGGUUAAUUUAUUCCUAAAUUAGUACCAGGCAGUGAAUAAGCCCUAGGCGGAAUAAAGCAUUAAAAUUUCUUUUGGGGAGAGACUGUCUAGUAAUUUAAAAUGUGUUAAAUAUGAGCCAUAUUCUCAUUGUGAGAAUUUUAAUACUAAUGGAAUGUUUCAAAGGUUUUAUUCAAACCACAAAUUAUAGAAUCCACCCAAGAAAAUUUUCUUCUUAGCAUUCUGGAAUUCUCAUCUAAUGGUUCACUGCCUCUCAUCUAUUGUUUAACUCACUAGUUUAUAGGCCUGAGCUUUUAAAUUCCUGGGAUAAAUUUUGGAAUAUUAAAUUCUUCAUCUUUAAAGGGAAUUUGUAAUGUGCUAUUCAAACUUGUUUCCUUGAUGAGCCCUGAAAUACUGUUGACAUUAACUUUCAUAAAUGAAGCAUAACACUUAUUAGAGAAAUGGUAGAUGAAAUGCUCUUUACAUUCAAUUUUCUGCGUGUGGUGCUGAUUUCCAUUGUGACUUUGGAAUUUAGGGAAGUGAGUAGCUGAUCAACACCUUAAAAUUCAUUUAAUACUUACUUAAAAAGAAGAUGGGAGAUUCAAAAAUAUCAGAAAAGUUGGCCAUGGUAAAUAAUUUUCAGAAUUCUUUUUUAAAAUUUUAAUUAGAUUUCCUUUUCCUAGUAAGAGUUGAUGUCUGCUAGCGGUAUUUUUCAUUGAAAGUCAUAUUCUUACAACAAUGACAUUGGAAUCAUUUCCAUAGGAGGUAAUUUCCAUAGCAACUAAUUAUAGUGACCCAAACAGGAUUAUAAAGUCAAGUGAGGAAUAAAUAGCAGAAAAAUACCUUAAAGGAACAAAAAAAUCCAUUUUUUAUAAUAAUGCUUUUUGUAAACAAGAGCAGAACAGUUUUAAAAAUCUAAUCAGAAUUUCCAAAUAAAACAGUUUCCAUAAGGUGUCAGCAACAGCACUAAAACUCUCAAAUCACACUGAACCCUAAAUGUCAUUGCAAGAAAUAAAAAAUUAAGAAUUAAAUUGCUGCCCCUUGUAUAAUCUCGAGAUCUUUUUAAAGCUAGGAAGAACUCUAUUUGGAUCAGAACUACAUGAUUACAAAAUAAAAUGAACACUUGACCAAAAAACCACAUUAAUUUAAACGGAGCCUUUCAUUAUUUUCAGAUAGCAGGGUCUUUUUUAUUUAUAGAGAAUGAUGUAACUGCCAGGACACUUUUGUGUUUGCCCAGGACUCCUAGUAAGUAUUGAAUCGUGAGGGGAGUGAUGAUAACAAAAGGUUUUUUGUGACUGGUAACACCAGGACAGACACAGGUUUGGGUGAGAAGAAAAUACUAUACGCCUGCUUGAUGGCAUGUUGAGAUCAUCACAUGUGUGGAAACCUUAAAAAGUGGAUUUAUUUUUCUAACUAGAAGGCUCUCGUAAGUUUCUGUUAUGAUUGCCAAUUAAUAAAUGACAUUAAAAAUCUAAAGGAUAAUGUUUGAAUUUUUUGGUUAUUUUUUAAAACCUCAUUGCUGUUUUUGACAGCAUUUGUGAUUGUCAUUGCCACUAAAUUAUUGAGCUAGAAGAUGCUGCAGGCAAAAUUGUUUCUGAAGCUGGCAUCUAAGCAUUCUUUUUUUUUUUUCCUAGUUGAUGCCUGCCUUUAUUACAAAUCAGUCUUAAAACUUCCAGAUUAUAUUCUUGUCAUUGUUCAUCAUGCAGAUAAUAGCAGGAAGGAUUUAAGUUGUAUAAGAAAAAGAAAAUAUUCAUAUAGAAAUUACCUGGCAGUUACGCCCUCAGAGCAGAACUUUGAAACAGGUCUGAAGCCCUUUUUACCUAGAACCAUUUAAAAGCCUGAGCAAGGACCACCACCUCCUCCCCACCAAAUUAUUCAGUCUCUUUCUGGGGAGGCCCAGCUUACUGUAUGUUAAAAGUCUUUGAAAUGGGCCUGGUGUCUUCAGCUCCUGAAAUGCUAAUUUACCUCUUCCCAAAAGAGUGUAGUUAUGAUACAAAGUUGGUUAUUUUCUUUGUUUCCUUUCUUUUUGUCUUCGUUUCUUUCUCUGGCACCCUCUCCUCUCUCUCUGUCUCAUCCCCCAUUCCCACUUGCCCUCUGUCUCUCCUCCUUCCCUUCCUUUACAGUUAAAAAAAAAAAAAAUCUAAAAAUAGUUAAGCACUGGGUUAAAGAGUGUUUCAAAAGAAGUGUUUGUUUUCUCAUUUCUUAAACCAGAAGUUUAUGACAAAGAAAUAUGCCAUGUAAUAUGAAAGCUGCUUCAGCUUUUUAUGAGCUUUCACAUUCCUUGUUUGUCCUUUUAAUUUGUUUCUUGAUAUAUGAAGACUAUAAACUUGAAGCAGAGUUAGCUGUCAGCUCUUGAUAAUAUAAUUGGGGAAAUAGAAUAGAUAUUUUAUGAUAUGAUAAUUCUGAUGAUCUAAAGAUAAUGUCUUAGACAAUUACAUUUACAUUUCAAGCUCUGGGAUAUAAAUUAUGUAUUCAGCAUUAAGAUAGUAUUAUUUUUAAUUGCUACUAAGUGGUAACUUUUGUAUUUUAAUAUCUUGCAAGGGCAAAAAAGACAUUUUUAAAAUUCUAAAUGCACACCUCCUAAGGUAAAUAGUCUUUCAAAAAUAUCAGGCAUGCCAACUCUUGCUGAGUUUUGUUAAAUCCUCCUUAGCUGUCUGCAGUGCCCCCUGACUUCUUUUAAAUGGAUGUGAAUAUAUGUGGAAAACUAAAUCCAUCUAUUAUAAAUGCCUUAUCUUUACCCUUUGGGAUCCUACUAAAUGCAUUUUACCUGGUACUAUUUAUUAAAAAUGGAAGCUGUCUUGAAUUAGAGACACCUCACGUAAGGUAGGUUAAGCAGUCAAGUAUUUCUUUAGGCUUAUGUUGUUCAGCACCUCAGCCACCUACUGAGAAGUUAAUUAAUUCAGUCCAAAAUGAAAUUAUAGGGCAGUUUGGUGCAAUUUAUGUUAAAUGCCAUUUGAAUGUAAUCACCUGUGUUACCACGACUGAGGUACAACUGUACUACAUGGACAGAAUGCUGCAUUGCACCAUGAGCAAGACCUGCUCUGCAAGAAAAAUAUUGGUCCCUGUGGUCUGAAUUUAUCAAAACACAUUUUCUUGUUAAAGAGUGAAUUAUCAAAUAGUAAUUAAACUUUAACUGAUGACCAUUUAUAUUCUAGUAGCUGUCUUCACUGUUAGUCUUAAAUUAUAAUGUAGAUAAAGUUGACAUUUUCCUCUUACAUUUCAAAGACAUUACUAUUUUUAAAUGUUUACAUAUGUUUACAUGUUUGUGUGUAACUGCUUCAUUGCUAUUAAUAGUUAAAUGAAAUCUGCUUAUUCUGGGUCAUAGAUGUUCUUAGUUAACUCUGGGAAAGAUGUUACCUUUGGGUUUUUAAAAGACAAGUCUUCGUUCGAAAAUAUAUUAUGGUGUGUUAUUUUCCGACAUGCUUGUGGAAUUGGCUUUGUUUAUAAUUUUUAUUUUUUAAUUAAAUAUGGUUCAAACUUCUGGAUUAAAAAGUAUUAUAUCAUGAACAUACAUUUUUUAAAGUACCAAAGGCAUUUGGUAAGCAAGCCCAAGUCAUGUAAUUGAAACUUCUAUACAUUAAAAGAACUGAUUUCUGAAGACA